CGCUUAGUGAUGACGCGUGCAGGUGGGCGCCUCCCUGCCAGACCCUGGUCCGCUCUGGAUGUGCGCAAAGGGAGUACAGGACACCUGGGAGCCGAGGGGGACACCCACACCGGGCUGGAUGCGGUAAUUGGGGCAGCGUGAAAGCCAGUAAGAAGGAUGGCUGGAGUUUUUGACAUCGACCUGGAGUCUGAGGACCCGAGUGAUGCAGAGGACGAGGUGUGUGACUUCACCAUGGCAGAGGUCGAGCCUGAGCAGACGGAGGAAGUGGAGCUCACCGGCAGCAGCGUGGACAGGGAGAGGGUCGGCCCCGAGUGCUUCGAGCUGCUCACGGUCCUGGGCAAGGGUGCCUAUGGCAAGGUGUUCCAAGUAAGGAAGGUGCAGGGUGCUCAGACUGGGAAGAUAUUCGCCAUGAAAGUGCUGAAAAAGGCCAAGAUUGUGUGCAAUGCGAAGGACACAGCUCACACCAGAGCCGAGCGCGAGGUCCUGGAGACCAUCAGGCACCCUUUUAUCGUGGACCUGCUCUAUGCCUUUCAGACUGGCGGCAAGCUCUACCUUAUUCUGGAGUGUUUGAGCGGUGGGGAGCUAUUCAUGCAGCUGGAGAAGGAGGGCAUUUUCAUGGAGGACACAGCCUGCUUCUACCUGGGGGAGAUCACCCUAGCUCUGGGACACCUGCACUCUCACGGGAUCAUAUACAGAGACCUGAAGCCUGAGAACAUCAUGCUGGACUAUCAAGGCCACAUCAAGCUGACCGAUUUCGGCCUCUGCAAGGAGUCUAUUCACGAUGAGGCCGUCACACACACCUUCUGUGGGACCAUAGAGUAUAUGGCUCCAGAGAUCCUGACGCGCUUGGGACACAAUAAGGCAGUGGACUGGUGGAGUUUGGGAGCGCUGAUGUUCGAUAUGAUGACAGGCUCGCCCCCAUUUACGGCAGAGAACAGGAAGAAGACCAUUGAUAAGAUCCUGAAGUGUAAACUGAACCUGCCUCCCUACCUCACCCUGGAUGCCAGGGACCUGAUUAAAAAGCUGUUGAAGAAGAGUCCGGUGCAGAGGCUGGGCUCCAGCAAGGCAGACUGUGCUGACAUUAAGAAACAUCCCUUUUUCAGACACAUCGACUGGGACGACCUGCUGAAUAAACGUGUGGAACCUCCUUACAAACCCAGUCUGCAGUCGGAGGAGGACGUCAGCCAGUUCGACAGCCGCUUCACACGGCAGACUCCGGUGGAUAGCCCUGAUGACACAUCCCUGAGCCAGAGCGCCGAGCACGCCUUCGCGGGCUUUACCUACGUGGCCCCCUCGGUGCUGGAGAGCUUAAAGGAAGGCUUCUCCUUCGAGCCCAAGACUCGGCCCGUACGCAGGGUCAGCAGCAGCCCGCACACGCCUGUCAGCCCCCUGAAAUUCACCCUGGCCGAACCAUUCAAGUGUAGCGCUGAUGGGGAGAUGAGGACACCUUACGAGGCGACGCCCCAAGCCAGUGACAACUGCGCCUCUCAGCCAAUCAGGACCCCAGGCCGUGCUAAGAAGAAGAAGAAAGGGCACAGAUGAGUGCAGUAGAAGCGGAACGUGCCCGGGGUGGGACGCCACAGAUUCCCCACUCACCAGCGUGCGGGCGUGACCACCUUCAGCGUGAGGGUCUUAACACCAUCAACCUGAGGGCGUCGACACCUUCAGCGUUAGGGUGUCUACACCUUCAGCGUGAGGGUCUUAACAAUGUCAGACUGUGGACUUCAACACCUUCAGCCUGACAGCGUCAACACCUUCAGCGUGAGGUCGUGGACGCCUUCAGCGUGGGGGCGUUGACAUCUUCACCGUGAUGGUUUUAAAACCUUCAGCAUGCACCACCAGCAUGGGGGGUGUCAACGUAUGGAGUCGCUGCUAAAAUUUCUGCAUUCAAUGUUUAUUAUUAAAGUACUAUUUCUUUCCAAGUAGGGCAGUAAUUGUCAGAGGGGUGUAUAGGUGGUAAUGGGGUUGCGGCUGUAAUUUGAGUUCCGGCUCAUCUGCUAAUGUCUGCUCUCUGGUGGACCUCCACUGCUGGGACCAGAGCGAAGGGCCUGAAGAGCUGAUUAUUAUACAGAAGAACCUCUCUUGCUGGCCUUGUGUGGGUGUGCUGUUCCUGCUGCGUGUGCGUGCGUGUGUGUGUGUGUGUGUGUACCAGUAUGGGUUAUCGAUCACAUUCUUAGUUAAUGAUCUCUGUCAGCCUGCCAGCACCAGCCGGGGUAAAAUCCACUGGGGUGAGCAGAACGAUGCCCAUGUGGCCUUCGGCCAUCGCAAGGGUAAAGAGAGCAGCAGUGGCUGACCGUGUGACCUCCUCCCAGCAGAGUCAUGCGUGAUUCUUCCUGUAACAUGGAUAAUGAACUGUUGGCAAACCAUUUUAGCGUGUGUAUGGUGUGUUGGACUGUAUGAAUGACAGCAGUGAAACAGUUUGAAAUUUUGUCUGUUAUAAACGUGAUGGGUUUGGAGAUCUACGUUUACGAUGGGCUGUGGUGUAGAGAUUUGCCACACGAUUCAUCCAGAAAGACGCUGGUCUCCAGGCUCAGUGGCCUUGUUUGGUUUGGGCUGGUACAGUACUUUUCACCUCACCCAUUGCAGUAAUCAUCUUACGAUGUUUCAGAACCUCUGAUCUUGAGCCCUGCUGGAUGCUGAUACAACUUCAUGCUGCGAUUUCCUUUUUUUCUGAAGUACAGUCUUUGUUAACAUAUAUCUACUGUAAGUCAAAUCUGAAAUAAUGGGACGACAGUCACUGAAAUCUACCUUAAGUAACAUUGCUGAAUGAGUGUUUUUUUCUAAAUGAUCAUAAAAGUGUGGUUUCAGGUGAAUUUACUGUUUUGGAAGUGGUGUUUCCAUCUAAACAGUGUUUCCGUGUUUUCAUUUGAUCUCGGUGCUCUUACGGACUGAGGUUCGGUUUGAGGUGGCAUUACGCCCUCUAGAGGCAGUCUCCAAGGGAGAGCUUGGUGCCAAAUGAGCUCCGCCCAAAUUUGUGCUUGCCCAAUAGGAGCCAAGCCCCUGUGUUGAAGGGUGUGUCUCUCCUCUGACCCUAACUGUGCUAGCCUUCCAGUACAGAGUACAGUCCCACGUGCCUUGUGAGCUGCUAUUGUUUCACAGGAGGGUAAAUUAGGACAUCAGCCCAUCCAAACAGGUGGGGGUGACUAAGUACAGCAGGGGGGGUGUGGGCUUUGAUAUCACCUCAGUUCACAUCACUGAAGACCUCAGGUGCACUUACUCAUUGUGGCUAGUUGGUAAAGCCAGGCCUUCAUUUCAGAAACUUGCAUAUUGUCCUACAAAGCAGGAAGUGAGGGCCUUGCCAUUGGCCCCCAAACCACCCCCUGCCCUUUCAGAUCAUGAAGAGGGCCAAGAAGAAGGUCCUUAGCAGAUGGUUUUCAGAAAUUAGUGCUGACCCAACCCAGAGUGUCUGAGGAGCACUGGGAGAAAGACCCUGGACAACCAUUAAAGACAGAGAACCUCUGUUAGCAUGAGUGUGACUGUUCAGUAUCUGGCUUCAAUUGAUAUCAAUAAAUGGGUGGAAUUCA